AUGCAACAGCCCUAAUAAAACUAUUAACCACUUAUUUGGAUGGUACCGUAAUAGCAAAGCCUUCAAAAUAACUACACAGUCUAAGGCCAAAAUCAACAAAUUUCUCAUCAAAAAGAAGAAUUAAGGCCGCAACUAGUACACCAAGGAUUGACAAGCAACUCUGAGAUAUUCCCUAAUAUGUACCUUUAAUAAUAACAUACAUCAGAAAACACUAUCAUAAAGCUUCCUUAAGUAGCAUAAGCCUCAUAAGAACCAGUUAAAUGCUCUUGUACUUGCUAUUGCUCUGCAAGAUUAAACAAUAAGCAGUAAACAUAGAACUAGGAAGGAGUUUAGAAAAUUAAUGAGUAUAAUAAUAUUAAUUAAGCUAGAGCGAAGCAAGAAGAAUCUUCUACCAUUAGCAAUACUAUAGACAAUCAAGAAUAGAAAUAUUAGCGAGAAGCAGACUAAAUAAGGAAGCGUCUCAAUAUAGCCGAUUCUCUUCAAAUUUAAAUAAUAGAAGGAAGAGAUAUUACCGAAGAUUAGCUUCCUAGACAGAGAUUUAUUCCAAAAAUAAGGACUUUCUAGUGGAUCAAGGUGUUCAGAUAGUAAAACAAAAGGUGGUUGUCACAUUUCCUCUGCUAAUAUGAGAAUUGUGAUAUGAUGAUGAAGAAGUGGGGGAAUCUAUUUGACCAUCUUAGAUCUCAUUCACAUGAACGGCCUUUUAGAUGUCCUGUAAAUUAUUGUGGAAAAGCAUUUACACAAAAAAGUAAUCUUGAAAAACAUAUGGAAACUCACAAAAAAUCUUUACUCCGCUGUGUGACAUGCAAGAACCUAGUCUAGAAAUCUAAAAUCCUCCGUCAUUAGGAGCAGCAUUACUUUGAUAUGGAAUAAUACGGAGAAAUGGACUCUAAUACUCCAAAAAUUGACCAAUCUGAAGAGUCAGAUUGA